UAUGUCUGUAUUAACUGAUGCAGUUAAGCAACGAAAGAUUCCGAAAAAGGACUAACAACAGACGAAAUUGCUGAAUACUGUUUCGAGAAAAUAUGAACGGAACAGCUGAAGAUUAUGAUAAAUUAUGUCCAAAAUUUUUGCCUCGCUACGUAGAAUCUGCUAUAGAUUUACACUUUUCAGCCAUGAAAUGGUCUGAUGAAGAUGUCAUUUUGGAUAUUGGAUGCGGUCCAGGAAGAACCACCAAAAGUAUUCUUUUACCAAAAUGCCCGAAAUUAAAGAAAGUCAUCGCUGUUGACAUAAUUCCAAAUUACAUGGAGUAUGCCAGGAAAACAUAUUUUGAUGAGAAAAUCGAGUUUAAGAUUCAAGAUAUCAUGCAAAGACCCGAUUUAAAAGAAAUUGGAAAAUACGAUAAAGUUGUGUCUUUCUACGUCUUUCAUUUCAUAAAUGAUUAUCAGAAAUUGUUUUCUGUUAUUUCUUCAAUUUUGAAGCCCGGAGGAUAUUUUUUCUUUAUUUUUUUUACGAAAUGUCCGUUGUUUCCAAUUGUACAAUAUCUUAGUACCAACGAAGAGUGGAAGAAGUACAUAAAGACUGAAGAUAUGCUCAACACAAUUCCAUUGAUUGACAAUUGGAUCGACGCAGAAUCGGAAUUUAAAAAUUUUCUUUCCAAGUUUGAUUUGAGAGUGACAAAGAGUAAAUGUGAAGUUUUACAUAUACCAUUUUCUGACAAAAAGCACUUUUUGGGAAAAUUUUAA